AUUAAGAUCACUGAGAUCACACAACUACCUUAGUACUCUGGUAUCACAAAAGUCGGCAGUACGGCAACACAAACUUAGGACGUUCUUGCUCAUAUCCGCCUACGAAGGUUGUGAUCAAACCAAAACCAGGCCAGCGGAGCUUGACCUACCCAUCCCGACAGCCAUUUGGGCGUCUAAUUCCAAGACGAAUCACUCGACAGGCGGUUCACAUCUGCCUAUCACAAGUCUUGCUGCAUAUCCGCUCAUCUUUCUGAAGAUAAAAGAAGGCCUGCCGCUCUCAACCUCACUGCAGCUCGACCUGGAACCUCAGAAUCAUCAUCCUCAGACGGCUCUCUAAAGCCUCGAACUCCUCGAUUUGCCGAAGCAACCUCAGUUCACUCACCAGUCGAGGCUCGAUCGCCAUUCGCCGAUCCCGAAAAGUCUCACGUUGCUCAACCUCAACCUGCUGACAUUGGAUUUGGCUAUAUCGCCCACCGAGAAUCGAUUCCCGUUCCAAUGACUCCCAAGACACCACUCAAGAGCGCCAUGAAGGUGCCGGGAACACCUGCUCAUCUUAGGAACCCCAUGAGCCCAACGUUCCGUGAGGAGGAUAUUCUUGAGAAGCGUGAGCUGUCUACCGAGAAGGAGCAGGCCCGUGAUGUGAAAAUCAAAGCCCGAGUCCGUCUGGCCAAGUUUGCACUCCGCGGUGUCAACUUCAGUUGUUCUCUCAUUAUUCUUGCGAUGCUUUCAGCCUCGUUCUCCAUUUUCAACGCUACCAGAUCCUUGCCUUCACAAAGUAAGAUGCCUUCAUGGGCCCAGAACACCAAAGCAUGGCCUCAGAAACUUGUUCUUGCUAUGGCCUGUGUCUCCCUCCUUGCUUGUAUCCUUGUCUUCGUUGCCUAUUGUCGAGGAGGUCACAAACGUGCCGAGAAAGUAGGAACCUACUACACCAUGUUCGCCAUUGGCUGGUUCAUUGCCUCCUUGAUCCUUUGGGUUAUCACUGCUAUCAUUUUCCAAAACUCAAAAAACAACAGUAACAACAAGGACAUGUGGGGUUGGUCUUGUGUAAACAACCAUCGAUCCGACGUCUUCAGCGAAAAAGUCGACUAUGCACUCGUUUGUCGUCUUCAAAACUGGGCCAUGAUUUGCAUCAUCAUCGAGAUCGUCGUCGAGGUCCUCGCCAUCCUCCUCUACAGCGUCGUCUUCUACCGCUACUACACCAAGCGACGCCUUUUCAAGUCCAUGGACAUGCGAGACCGCGCCCGUUCCGAUCUUUACCUUGCUCAACUCCGCAGCCAGUCUGCUCCCAACACUCCUGGCUUUGGCCCCAAGUCUCCCGCCCUCAGCGCCUACGCCAUGUCCCCCCGUCAUCCUCCCGCUGCUUACCGAAACCUGUCCGACAUCAGCGAGAACCCCAACCCCAACCCCUUUACGCCCGGUACUCAGUUCGCCGAGCCCCCAUCCCAGUUUGCUCCUCAAGAUACUGGCUUCAAGCUCCAGGCUCCCCCUGUCAAGGCUCCUUCUGCUACUCCUAAGCUGAACCAGUCCGCUUUCACGCCUACUGACACUACGCCUCCGUCGCUUCCUAUGGUCCCCACCGUUCAUGUUUCCGAGCACGGUCCUGUAGGCUCAGACGAGCCCACGUAUGAUGCUGUCCCUAUCCCUGGUGCCUACACCGGACAGGCUAUCAAGAGCCCGCCACCCGCACAAACAUCCUUUGGCCAAGGUUAUUACUAGAAGGUGUCAAAGGUUGAAAACGGCGAGCUUUUGUUUGAUUUGUUAAUUAUGGUUCUGCGGGCUUUAGCCACCUUAUCUUCUUGGUGGCUACUGAAGUUAUAUUUAUCACGGGGCGGCGAUACCACAGAUGGCGUUACAAGGAUGGGUCUAAGACUUGACCCUGCUACAUUUUUUUAUCUUUGAUUUCUUUUGUUUCUAACCUCCUCAAAGAUAUCAGGAGUUGUAUAUAGUGUGCCGUAAUUUGGGAAUGACUGUACAAUUGGCAAUGUGCAAAGGAUGACGAAGAUGAUGGAUCAACGAGCUAUACAGCACUUUAGUUUGUAUGAGAGAACCUUGAUAGGUUGUCACUUUAGGACUCAUUAUCCAAUUGUGACAUUGAUGUCUACUUUAUUUGUCUUUACUGUGUGAUGUAUAUGCCGAAUAUACUAACAGACGAGAUAUAAACUCUAUUGUCUCUCAUUCUUGACUUUGACCACUUGUCUAAUCUUGAUCCAUAUGGCCAUUCAUAAAUAUUGAUUCAUGUGUGCUUGUUUGGUUAAAUCGGAUAAUGGAAGAGGAGAGAGCUGCAUAGGUAUGUGUGCGUGUG